CUGAUUAUUCUGUAUCCCAGAGAGAGGGAGAGAGAGAGUUGACGAGAGCAGAGAAGAUAGGAAAAUGGUGAAGAGGUGGUGGACAAUCGGAGCGGCUGUGGCGAUAAUCGGAAUAGGGAGGGAGCUGAGCAAGCACUAUGGGUUGGACAAGGACGCUGUGAUCAAGGUGUUUGCUGAAUUGUCCGAUCGCCUGGGAGUAUGGGCCAUCCCACUGUACGUUUCGAUCCACACUAUCACUCUCGCUCUCUGCCUGCCCUACGCUGUCUUCUUCGAGGCCGCCGCUUCUAUGCUCUUCGGCUUCUUCCCGGCCGUCAUCUGCGUCUUUGCCGCCAAGCUGCUCGGCGCUUCCCUCUCUUUCUGGAUUGGCAGGUUAAUUUUCAAGAGUUCAAGUUCAGCAAUGGACUGGGUCCAGAAGAAUAAGUACUUCAAUGUCCUAUCCAGAGGAGUUGAGCGAGAUGGUUGGAGAUUUGUCCUACUUGCCCGGUUCUCGCCAAUGCCAUCCUACAUUAUAAAUUAUGCCCUUGCUGCAACAAAAGUUCGGUUUGUCGUGGAUUUUCUGCUGCCGACAGUUAUUGGAUGCAUGCCGAUGAUUUUACAAAACACAUCCAUUGGCAGUCUGGCUGGUGCUGCCGUUUCUUCGGCAUCGGGCUCUCAAAAAUCUCAAAUUUGGUCGUACCUUUUUCCUUUACUAGGAAUUGUGUCAAGCAUUCUUAUUUCCUUGAGAAUUAAGAAGUACUCUACUGAAAAUUUAGUGACCGAAUCAUCUCCAAGUCACGACUCUAGUAACUUAGUUAACUCUAAUGACAAGGACUUGAAAAAAGGUCAGUGAUGGAUUUGUAAACCCUAAAACUUGGUAGAACUUUACCAUUUUCUGCUGCUGCUGGAAGUUUUGCUGUUGAGAUCCCUUCUAGUUUUAAUCUGCAAUCUGCGUUGGCGGAUGAUGUGCUCUUUUAUUGUUUCUUCCCUUAGCCUACUCUAAUUACAUUGUGGAGUUUCUUGAAAACUAAGCAAAGGCAUGUAGAAAGAGCUACUGUAGGGAAGACAGUUUAAUGCUCCCAUUUUUAACUGACAAUUGAUUAGUUAAAUAUAUUUAUGCAAGUAAUUUUGCGAUCA